AUGUCUUCACUUUACCAUCAAACACGACUGGACAUCUCAAUCACCAAGGGCAGCAGGAGAAACUCCUGGUCCGCCGCCGCCGCCACCGUCCUCGCCGGCCUCGCGGCGCAGUACUUCCUCGUUCCCGGGUCCGGCAUCAAGACGGUGGGGACUCCCUCCGCUAUCGAGCGGUGCCUGGACGACGUCUGUGCCGGCGCCUCGGAUUGCGUGCAGUUUCCUUCCCCUUCCAAGCAAGAUGGCGCCGCCGACUCGGGCUCCUGGAUGCGUCCGUUCAACCUCGGCCUGAGCUCCGUCCCCACGGCCAUCGUCCGCCCCAGGAACGCGGGCGAGGUCGCGGGCGCCGUCAAGUGCGCACUGAAGCACAACUUCAAGGUCCAGGCCAAGGCCGGGGGCCACAGCUAUGCUAACCACGGUCUUGGGGGCCAAAAUGGUGCCAUCUCCGUAGACAUGGAAUAUUUUCAGUAUGCCCACGUCGACUCGGCAGGCCCGUCUCACAACGUUCGCGUAGGCGGCGGCACGAGACUCGGUCAGAUUGACGAGUCUCUGCAAGGCCACCAACGUGCAGUGCCUCAUGGCAUGUGCAUCAGCAUUGGAAUCGGAGGCCACGCCACUGUGGGCGGUAUCGGACCAGCCUCUCGCCUGUGGGGGGCGACCCUCGAUAACGUCGAGGAGAUGGAAGUCGUCACGGCCAAUGGCACAAUCGUCCGCGCCAGCACCAAAGAGAACCCGGACUUGUUCUUCGCCAUGAGGGGAGCCGGCUCCGGAUUCGGCAUCGUCACCGAGUUCGUCAUGAGAACCCACCCAGCACCCCCGGCCGUGCUGCACUUCACUCAAGACUUUGCGUAUGGUAAUCUCAAGGAGAUGGUCGACAUCUUCCAUGACUGGCAAGCAGUCGUCGCCGAUCCCGCUCUGGACCACCGCCUCGGCACAGAAAUUGUCUUGACCCCUCAGGGCGCCCGCAUCAUGUCGACGUGGUACGGCGACGAGGCGGACCUCCAACAGACGGGUAUCCUCGACCGACUCCCCGCAGGUGGCUCUAUGGAUUUCCGUCAGGAGACCUGGGAAGGGUCCCUCGCGCUUCUCGCGGCGGAGGAGUCUAUGCACCGGCCGGAGCAGCCCGGCAGACUCCACUCCCGAAGCCGGGGCCUCAGCCACGGGGACCUGUUCUCCAGGGCGCACAUCUCCGCCGCGUUCGACAAGCUCGAGCGAGGGCGCGAUGCGACAGGCCCGUGGGCCAUCAAGUUCCAAGCCGUCGGCGGCGCGGUCUCGGAGGUGCCCGCGGCCGGCACGGCGUACGCCCACCGGGACGACGUCGUGCUUUAUCACUCGUUCGCGGCGGACGCCUCCAAGGACGUCCGGGACCUCUUGGACGAGUUCCACCGGACGCUGCUGAACAUGGCGCCCGGGGCCUCGGGGACGUACCCAGGCUUCGCCGACCCGGAGCUCCGGGAUCCGCAGCUGUCGUACUGGGGGUCGAAUCUCGCGGCCCUCGAGGAGAUCAAGGGAAGAUGGGACCCCGAGGAUGUUUUCCACAACCCCCAGAGUGUUGUUCCCAUGGCCUGA